GACAGUACUUCCUGCCUCAUGCGAGCUCGUGCUCGUGCUUCGUGCUCGUGCUUCGUGCUCCUUCCUGCUCCUGCCUCAGGGCGUGUGAGUGGUGGUGGCCCCAUCCCAGCUCCAUCGCUUGGGCCAGUUCUACCCUGGCAACGCCUCUCAAUCAUCAGUCAUCAGCCAUCAGUCAAACAUCUCGCAACCUUGUUGACACGCCUUGGCUGACCCACCCGAAGAGGCAGCAUUACACAUCAUCUACAGCACGAUCACAUAUGCUCUACUAUACUAUACCAUGGAUCCAGCAUGAGCAUCUGAUCUGCAUCAACACCAUCGCCGUCGACCUCCAAGCUUGUUGACGACUCGACCGCUUCGCAUCGCCAGUCCUCGCUCGCCUCGAUGGAGCUCCAAUGCCGCGCCAAUGCAUUUUCCCGGCGGGCCAGCUAGCUCGGGCUAUCAUUAACGGAAAUGCCCCAUGGCCUGUCGCCAUUUACCCGCUGCCCACGAUGCAUCUUUUCCGACAUCAGUCAACUACAUGCAAGAAUUUCGCACAAGGACUGGACUACGCCAUGCUACGACUGCCUGCCUGCCUUGUGUCGUUCGUUUAUUCCACGCGGUACUGUGGUAUAAGCUCAAAUUUUGCCGCUGUUUUGCCCCGCGGAUGGGCCGGAUCGGAUCGACGUCACCGCCAGCUCGGCCGCAGCUCCUCGAGGCGAGCGUCAGUCUCUUCCAGCCAGACGUCACCAUCUCCAUAAUUAUCGUCGACUGAGUAAUUGCCCCUCGCUUAUCGCCCGAGCUUUGGAGCGAUGCCAUUCACCAUUUCGCAGGCUCACAUCGCUGCAUGUGCUCUACCGCCGUCUCUAGAACGAGAGAAUUAGGGACCUGCUUGGCCAAUCAUUUAUCAACGCUGCUCGAGCUACAGAUUCUAUCUUCAAGCUACCGUCGUUGUGCUCACUCAGCGCCCUCGUCGACCCCGCGGUUGGCGGUGCCCUCAUGGCGGGGUACUUUCCGCCGAUUUUCCCUGCAGGGUGCAAGGAGGACAAACAACACUGCAAGACCCUGCGGAUCCCAUUGGAUCCUGCUCAUCCACUCCAGAUGCCAAUUAUUUGCUGCUCCGCAUGCUUGCUCAGCUCCCACGGCUCCCGAGGCUGGAGACUCUGGUUGUGGGUAUUCAUUCUAUCUCGCGAGCCGCGACACCGUCCGGCGCUGCCGUCCAUCAGACAUCCUUACGUCUCGGCAUCACAAACCAGAGUGGCUGAAGUGGUCGGCCCCCGUGGAGAAAUUUCUUUCCACGCCGGCUGCUUGUCACCCCAAACCCCCACCCCAACUACUCCGUCCAGACAGCUGGGAUUCCACACAAGCGCGGGAUUGCAUGCAUCUACACUAAUAAGCGUGCAUGCAUGCAUGCUUAAUCUGGACUGGUCUCCAUGUGGCUGUCCAUCAAUCAAGCCAUCUAAUCCCGCACUUCAGUGUCUUGCCGCAUCUGACAGCUCGCCCUGCAAGUACGGUACAGCCUGCGAUCUCGAACAACGCCUCAGAUGGCCCCUGGCAGUGGGAAUAGUGGUGGCCUGGUGGCGUGUCGUUUGGGGUUACACCAACAAUGCCAUCGCGCCCCGUUGGUGUUGAUCUCCUGUCUCACCUCGGUCGCGGUCGAGCUCGAGUCUCAACAAACCGCUGCUUAAGGCGGUCGGUUCCACCCAUCCGGCCCCCAUCCAACCAGGGGCCUGCCACUCAGCCCUGCCCAUGUCCGUCCGGGUGCUGGCAUCCCAGCAUCCCGCCCGCCCCCAAGGCCCUCCUCGAUAAGCCGUCAAGGGUCCAACCGACGCAGGGAUGGAGCUUAUUUAGCCGGGCGUUGGUACACUACAAGGACCCGGCCUAAACCGUCUUGAAUUUUGGCAGUCAGUGAGGAUAUCGAUUGUGACUAACUAAUUCACCACUGCACAAUAAGUGCUCGGAGCAGGAACACAGAAGCAUAGACAGUCCACGCCGCAAGGCUGCUGCAUUUGCUCCAGCACCAAUUGCUUUGUCCGUCAUUCCGAUGAGUAGUGUUACUAAUAAGUCAAGUCGGCAUGAACGGCCUCCCACUCCCCUUGCCCGCCGAUGUGCGCAUCAAACGCGAGGGCAAAACACUGCGAGCUUGGAGCAGCCACCGCGUUAUGCAGCGAGUGAGGCUCCGUUAUACCUGCCUGCCCUUGCAGCGCCAGCCUCGAUCACUGCCGAGCCCCUCCUGAAGUCCAUCAUAACCACCCCGUCAGAUUCUGGCGUGCCGACAGCCAUUGCACUUACACUGAAUCAGGUAAUAAGCUUCCUUAUUACGGAAGCAUAUUACCUGGUUAGCUUCUAUUCCGCAUACGUCCGAAGACAUAUAUGGCGCCUUCAUACAGCGGUAGACGCUCAAGACCCAGCUUUUGAAAAGGGGGGGGGGGGGGAAACAAUGCCAUUAACAGUACAGAGAGAGUACACUACGUGUGCACGUGGCCUGAGCCUCGUCCCGCAUCCUGAUCUUUGAUACGAACUUUUGAUCUUGGAAGGAUGGUGGAUGACUUGGAGUUGAGCUUGCAAAAUGGAGGAAAGAGCGCUUUUUCUUUCUGCAGCACUCUUGUCUACUGGUCAUUAAGCAAUAAAGGAACUGCCUAAUGGUGAAAUAAUGGCCUGUUUAACGAGGUUUCUCCCCUACAUUGCAGGUAUCGGAAGACUCAUUUGGAGAAGACGUGGUUAAAAAGACUUAUGAAGGCAAUAUUGACCCUCCAGGUGGGCUGCCAAAGAACGGCACGGUAAGAAAAUAACACUUGGAAUGGAACUACGCCAUACGCAAAGAAAGAGUCUGCCCUAAUUUGCCGUUCUUGCCUGACGAACAGAGGCCAAACAGAAACAAAUUUAAACCCGAUCUCCGAUCGUCUGGACUGUCCCUGGCCUGGUGUGAUAUGAGGACGAAAUAUGGCUGGUUCGGCCAAGCCGUCGAGAAGAAAAAGCCAGUCCAGAUUCCUGACACAUGACCUUGGAUACAUGAUGUAUGGAGUUUGAGCCUUAAGUGAGUCCUUCCCCGGAAAUUCAGGGCAAUCACAACCAGUCUGGUCAUGGAGCACGGUCUGGAGGAGGAGGAUGGCCACGUUACUGCCUGCCAGGUUCUUCUCUCAGCUUUGGAUGUCGUGCUUACACAUUUCGUACUGUUGGGGGAUGGGAUUAUUAGUAGACUUGCUGCUGGCCUUGCGCAGCCCGCAGAUUGGUAGUCUCGAAAAGGUAUUACGUGGACUCGGGGGCUUGUUG